ACUUCCCACAACGCACCGCACGCGACGUCAUAACCUCGCGACCCAACGUGGAUUUCAUUUCGCGUCGCAACGGCCAGUUAACCAAGCGUCUCUCUGGAUUAAAAUUAACACACUUUUAACCCCUUUUCGCCCUACGCAGCCCCAGCACUGUGUGUGCGAACCUCUUUUUAAACACCAGUCUCACUUCAUUCGUCAAUUUAAGUUUGUACGGAAGAAGUUUAAACGCGGAAUUGCAGAGGAGCUCCAGUUUUCCCACGAGUCGCACCGGCGCCCUGUCCGAGAAAAAAAAUGCAGUCCUUUGGUGAAGAAAAAUCGUCCAACUUCAUGUUAAACGCAUCUCUGCUGUACAAAGAAACAUGCCCGGAGCUGUCAAGGUUCCUCCUGCAGGGGUCUGUAAACUCCAAAGCACACCCGAAGCGUAAGUCCUCCAGUCCGUUUCAGAGCACCUUGGUGUGUCCGAACUGUUAUCAGUGGCUGCAGCCUGACAAUCACCGGAUGCGUCUGCGGCCCAAACCACGACCAUCGGCGAAGGUGCAGAGUGUCCUGCGCCGGAGGGCCAGGGGCAAACGACUCAGCCUGGUGCAGAAAAACCUGCUGCAUCGUUUCCAAAGGUCCUCUUCAGUGCUGAUGGCCACCUGCCACGCUUGCAAUACAACAUCCAGGCACAAAGGAAUGAACAGAGACUUUAUCGCUGCCCUCGCUAAGACCCACGGCACACCGGCGAGCGCUGGGAAACACAAGACCCCGCAGUCCGCCAACAGAGGCACCCCAAAGACCCCCGGCAAAGACAAGACACCCUCUCAUACACCGAGGGGUUCCACCUCCUCCACCACUUCAGGGACAGGCUCAACUUCAUCAUCCAAGUCUUCCUCCAAACCGAAAAAUUGGGUUGUCCAGCGUCUCAGCAAGAUACUCAUGCGAGAGGACACUCAGGGCAGCAAGAAGGGGGGCUUGAAAGAUUUUCUUUCCUCGCUUUGAGUAUCUACUCACUUGCCUUUCUGUAUACUCUUAAAAAAACAAACAAACAAGGGGUUAGACCCAUGUUGUAACCUGUUUACGCCAAAGGCUAAAGGGGAACUUGAGAGAAUAACUUUGGUUUCCGAGCCGGUGUGGGAAGGGUUACAGUUUGCCCACCAACACAGCUGUUGCCGGGCUGUUUGGAAUGGUGCUCCUGGGUGACCUGAAUGCAACAACUGGGAGCACCAGGCUGGCCAUUUCGUCUUUUAAUCAGGGUUAGUGCAUCUUCUGCCGUGACAGACAGAGGAGAAUGCUUCCUUUGCCUACUUUAGCGCACGCCUCUUGUUAGCUCCUUACCUGGGGAGGCUAUUUAAAUUGAAACGAUUGAGGAAUUGUUCAGUAUUCAUCAAAUGGCUGAAGGAUCGCAGGUUCUAAGGUGGAGUUUGAGGCAGGACAAGCUGGUUUACAAGCCAAUAUCUGUCUCCAUUUCGGAUCCCCCCCCCUCCCCAAAGUUACGAGUAUACAUUUAUAUACUAAAUAUAUCUAAAACUAUUUCGUAUUUAUACUACUUAAUGUUAAAACUUUUGUAUUUCCUUAUUUUCUGUCCUCCUCAGUAGGGAGACUGUGUCUGUGUGAAUUCAUUUAAGACUUUGGCUAAACAUGACAGUUUGACAUAACUGUAUGUAUACAUGCUGUUGCCACUGUUGUAUUUUUGUACUCGCAUACAAAUGAUUUUGAAACUGUGCACAGUCACCAUUGAUUUUUAUUUAUAAUUAUCAUCUAAAAUGGGACUCAUCAGUUGAUGUUUACACUGAUUAGGCACAUCCGCCUAAAACCUUACUGACAAUCAAUGUUGUCGCGACUUUACAUUUUCUUUUAACAUUUUCUUUUGUAAGGUUACUGUUGUGAGCGAGAAUUUGAAUAUAUCUGCUGCAUUUUGUACCGCCUGUUUUUUCAUUAGCUGUUCGAUGUACAGUAUGUGUUUGGAUCCUGAAAUACCUCACAUUUAUAUUCCACCUACACCGUGAUUCUCUGAAAUAAAACCUUCUGGUCUGUGAA